AUGUAUGAUCGCUUAGGGGUUCUCAGCAGCAGUCCUCUGACCAUAUCAUCGGUAUGGAGGUGCACACAAAACGCCGACUGCGACAGUCUUAGCGGCAGUGUGUGCGACGGCGCGACUGGCGGGUGUUUAUGCGUCCCGGGACAGCAGCCGGUGCUGGGGGGCAGUGCUUGUGUUGACGUGGCACCCUACUUCACUUCACCAUGCGUGGAAGACCAUCAAUGUUCAAGGCUGUUUACAGGUUUUGAAUGCCGUCGACUAAACACAACUGCCUUAGGAAGUUGCUUUUGUGCCGAACGUCGCCAUUACUUCCGAGGGCGUUGUUGGCCAACUGUGGACUUUGGCGCUGCAUGUACCAGGGACGAAGAAUGCUUAGGAGCAAUCCGAAACCCGUUCAGUAUGAGCUGUAGAGGAUCUUGCCAAUGUUCCACAGGCUACUAUGAGAGGCAGAGAGGAGACUGCAGGAAAAUCGGAUUAGAGGUAGGAGACAGUUGCGUCCUGGAUAUAGACUGUCAGUUUCCAAAUGGUGUUUGUGACCUUGCAAGGCUGAGGUGCAUUUAUAAUGGUACCACCCCAGAACCGGAAGCAGAGCCUCCAGUAGAAGAACCCGGAACCCAAAUAGUACAACUCAACGCGGCGGUACCACGCGUCACAUGCAAUGCUACCACACCGUGCGAGCAACCCUUCGAAUGCUCAUCAUCAGGUGUCUGCAUAUGCCCUGUUGGUUAUUACGAGAGUCCCAACGGUCAGAGAUGUUUAGCAGAGCUCGGUUCCCCGUCAGAUGCUGAUAAUUGCGUGGGUUUCCUAGCCACGGUGAUAAAUGGCGUCUGUACCUGCCCUCCCAACCUGUUCUUUGAGGAGAACAUGAGGGAUUGCGUCAGAGCAACUCGACGUUUCACUGAUUCCUGCGUCGCCGACAACAACUGCCACACAUUUGGACCAGCAUCCCGCUGCGGUCCCCCGAAGGAGCCCUGGGGCUUUCGGACCUGCGCGUGCAUCCCCGAGUACGCGGUCUGGGACCCCAGACAGACGUUCUGCAGGUUUUUCUCUGGUAUUGGAGGUACCUGCGAAGUGGAUUCGGACUGUCAGGCCGGUCAGCUGGAGAUCCACUGCGUCAAGAAUGUAGACGGUCAGGGCAUGUGCUCCUGUCCCGACGGACUGGAGGAGUUUGAGGGACUGUGCUUGGAUACUGGGCUAGGGCUCGGUGACAGCUGUCAGCACACACGGGAAUGCACCGCCACCGCCAACACCGUGUGUGACCCGCGCAGUAACCUGUGUGCCUGCAGCGAGGGCUACCAAGCCAACGACGGAGUGUGCUCGCCAAUUAUCGGCGGUACGUGCAGUCAAGACGCGGACUGUGUGAUAGAGAACACAGAAUGCAAGAAUGGAAGCGUUGGCUUUACCUGCGAGUGCAAGGAAGGGUUCUUGGCUUACCAGGAUGCCUGCUGGCCUGGGAAGUACCUGGGAGUUCCUAAUUACCCACCGUUCUUAAUUACCCCACUCUCCCCUAUUAAAUUAACAGAAGUAGCUGGUCACAAUUCGACCUGCUCCGUGUCAGCGCAAUGCAUAGCGGCCUUGGGUGAAACCAGCGUCUGCGAGAACAACCUUUGUAUCUGCUCUGGGAACCACCACUUCCGAGAUGGCAACUGCUGGCCCGUCACUCGUCUCAUGGAGUCAUGCUCCACUAUCAGCCAGUGCUAUCUGACCAGUGCCCAAGAAAGGGUUGUCUGCAGAAAUGGGAUAUGCCAAUGCGACUUUCAGUUCCCGUACUCAGAGGAACUAAACACUUGUUUGCCUACAUCAUCAGCAGCCUCUAUAAAGACGAGCCUCUUCCUGAUUUUCAUAGCAACAUUAGCACAAAUAAACAGUUAA